CUUGGCUCCGAGCUUGGCUCCGGGCUGAAGUCUGGAGGAAAUCAAGGGCUUUGGGGGCCGCCUCUCCACCGUGAGCCUACGGGAACCUUUACCUGAGCUGAGGAUCGUGUUGCCAUGGAAACCCUCGCCCGGGACUGAGGUGGCAGCCUGGAGCUGGGGGAGGAGGGCUGUUCUUCGCGGUCCGGAGGCCUCCCGGGGGCUCCCUCUGAGCUGGGUGCAUUUGCAGUGGAUUUGGGCAGCGGCGAGAGAUUAAGCUCGAAGAGCCCUCUAGCGCCAAAGUACGAUUGUAACUGUACCUUUUAACUCUAGCUGGAGCACAAGAAGUAUUUGUCUAAUGAAUGACUUAUCCCUCUAGGACUUAUUUUGACCCUCAGGAUAAUCCUGUGAACUGCUAAUAGUUCACUGGGUGUGGCCCUUAGUGUUGAUUUCAGCAUGCUGCGAAGAAAACCAACGCGCCUAGAACUAAAGCUUGAUGACAUUGAAGAGUUUGAGAGCAUUCGAAAAGACCUAGAGACCCGAAAGAAACAGAAGGAAGAUGUGGAAGUUGUAGGAGGCAGUGAUGGAGAAGGAGCUGCUGGGGUCAGCAGUGACCCCAAGAGCCGGGAACAAAUGAUUAAUGAUCGAAUUGGUUAUAAACCCCAACCCAAGCCCAACGAUCGCUCAUCUCAAUUUGGAAGUUUUGAAUUUUAGAGAUGGAUUUUCUUGCAUGUCGGAGCCCUGGAAUGGAACCAAUUGAUGGCAGAAGUACAAACCAGAUUUAGAGAAGUGAGUGCUCACAGUCAAGCAGAAUGUUUUACCUCCUGCAGAAAUACUUUUGCAGGGAUUACGGAUGCUUAACUUUCACUCUAAGCUGGAAUCCAAACUCUGGUUUGUCUCUGGAAAGUUUAACUCUGUAAAACUUAUCUGAUUUUUGUUUUUAAAAAUAAAUAUAUUUUUGGAAAAA